AUCCUCUGAUUGGGAAUGGCCUCAGCUGCUCCAUCCCCUGAUCCAAAUUUGGAUGCCAAGUGGGAGAAAUGGAAGAAGAAAUUUGAAAAAAUCUACAGUCCGGAUGAAGAAAGACACAGAAGAGCAGUGUGGGAGGAGACUAAGAAGAAAAUUGAGGCACACAAUGCAGGUUAUAAGCAGGGAAAGACCAGCUUCUACAUGGGCCUGAAUCAAUUUAGUGACUUAACUCCAGAAGAAUUCAGGAGAAAAUGCUGUGGAAGCUCAAUGUGUAGAGGAGAAAUGACUGGUGAUUUGCCUGAGCCUGAGGAUUUGGGGGAAAACAACUCUCUGACACCUGGGAGGGAUCAGGGUAGAAAGUGCAGGUACCACGCUGAGAAUUCUGCAGCUAAUGUCAGAGAUUUUGUGCAAAUCCCAGGAAGCAAGGAAGCCCUUAUGAAGGCAGUGGCUAAAGUGGGGCCCAUCUCUGUUGCAGUCGAUGACAGCCAUGGUGCCUUCCAAUUCUAUGACAGUGGCAUCUAUUAUGAGCCACAGUGUAAAACGAUUCACCUAAAUCAUGCUGUUCUGGUGAUCGGCUAUAGCUCUGAGGGAGAAGAAUCAGAUGGCAACAGUUAUUGGCUGGUCAAGAACAGCUGGAGUGAGGAAUGGGGCAUGAAGGGAUACAUGAAGAUUGCCAAAGACUGGAACAACCACUGCGGGAUUGCUACAUUCACCACAUAUCCCAUGGUAUGA